AUGUCGGAAAUCUCUGUAAGAUCUCCUUCAAAUUCAAACCAUUCACAAUACAGCAGAACAAGUGGAUUCGCUCAAGAGUCCUUCAAUAGGAGUUCUGUGCAUGAUGACUCUGAUGACGAAAACAUGCUAGGGCCUCCGAAAUUGAGCAAUUUCGGCUCUGCUCUUCUUCAGGAUAAGGUGAAUGAACUGAAUAGCAGCAGGUCUUUAGAUCAAACGGAAAGAUACAGACGGCAUCAAAAUUUUUCAAAUGCGAGCCAUGGCUUAACUAUAGGAUUGGUACCGAGACAGCCUUCUUCGAACAAUACUAAUAGCACAUUGGGAGUUGCUUUUACCACAAUGAAUUCUGAAGAUGCUUCUCAGUCGACGCUCUUUGCUACGUCAAGACAAAAUCAACCGAGUAUGACUACUUUGAAUUCUACAAAUCAUGAGCAGGACUCCUUGAGCGGAUUAAAAGAGGAAGAAAGUCUCCAGAAAGUAAAAAAUAUGCAACACACAUUCAAGGAGGAGUUAUCUAUCCGGCAUUCAAAAAGGAGGAGUAGGAGAUUUAUAUCUCCGAGGUUGAGUAUACUUGGUCCUGCAAAGAGAGCAUAUUCACCAACCGACGGUGGUAACAGUGGAACCAGCGUCAACGAGUCAAGCAUGCAUUUGGAAGGUAAUACCUCCAACUCUUCUGGCAUAAGCACCACAUUUAAUAGUACAUGCAAUGAUGGCAACGUGUUUUACGAUCCCUAUGUCUCUAUGCCCACUAACAAUAGCAGCGGUAAUUUAACACCAAAUAACAUACUUCGCUCUUACGAAAAUGUCGAUUUUGGUGACCUGAACCCGUACCAAUAUUUGAAAAAGCAUAAUUUACCUACAACUGAGCUGCCAAACAUUUCCAAGAUAUAUUUUGAAAAGCAGAAAGGCGAAAAUCGAAGGACAGCUCUGAGAAAAAAUAGUGCCAGUAAGGAGGUAUUCCUCAACAGAAUGGCGUCAAAUUCGUCGUUGGGUUUAUCGGGUUUGAAAAAUACUUCAGCGGUAAAAAUUGAUAAUUCUUUCGGCGUACGACAGCCUAGAAGAAAACCAAGUGACAGUUCACUGAGUGGAACAGGAAAAACUCCAUCAUCGCCUAUAGUUGCUAAGCAGCAUGACUCCGAAAUAUUCAAAAAGAAGGAAAAUGUCGAAUUAAACAAGGGCUAUGAACGGUCAUACAAGCACAAUACGAAAGCUGUGGAUUACUUGGAAGGUCGAGAAGCACUCGCUAAUAUUGACAUAAACAGCAAGAGCUACGAACCGCAAUCGAAAAAGGCUAAGUUAUCCCUUUCGAUGUUUAAAGAGAGACAAAAGGGUUCAAAUGAUAUUUCUAACGAGAUAGUUCGUCAUCGCAGUCCCCAAAACCUCAGUUUUAAUCAUAGAACUGCUCCUUCACCUCCAGCAAAAAAAAGAGUUGAAAUAGUUGAGCCUCACAAGAACGCGGAAACUGUGCCACUAAAGCCACCAGCACCAUCAGGCGAAUAUGCGAAAAGGAAGCCUAGUAUUAAGGUCAACGGUACAGAGUACGAAAAAAUGGAGCUUUUGGGACGUGGUGGGACAUCAAAGGUUUAUAAAGUGAAAAGCAUUGCCAAUAACAAAAUCUAUGCACUGAAAAGAGUAUCUUUUGAUGAAUUUGAUGAUAACAGCAUUGAAGGAUUCAAAGGCGAAAUAGAGCUCUUGAAGAAACUGGAGGCUAAACCUCGAGUAGUAAAGCUCAUUGAUCAUGAAAUGGAGCAUGGUGUUCUCUACGUGGUUAUGGAAUGCGGUGAUCAUGACUUAUCUCAAAUUUUGGCUCAACGAUCAGGAAUGCCGUUGGAUAUAGAAUUCGUGAGAUAUCAUGCGCAAGAAAUGUUGAAGUGUGUUAAAGUUGUGCAUGAUGCAGACAUUGUACACUCUGACCUGAAACCAGCGAACUUUGUUUUUGUUAGAGGUAUUUUAAAAAUCAUUGAUUUUGGUAUUGCAAAUGCGGUUCCUGACCAUACGGUGAACAUAUAUCGCGAAACACAAAUUGGGACUCCAAAUUACAUGGCUCCUGAGGCGUUGGUAGCGAUGAAUUACUCACAGGAACAAUCUGGAGAACAAAAUAGAUGGAAAGUCGGGAAGCCCUCUGAUAUAUGGUCAUGUGGUUGCAUCAUAUAUCAAAUGAUAUACGGGAGACCGCCUUAUGGUGGGUUUCAGGGCCAAAAUCGAUUAUUGGCAAUUAUGAAUCCUGAGGUAAAAAUUGUGUUUCCAGACAAGACACCGGGUGGGGAUAUUGUUCCGAGGACAGCGUUGGACACAAUGAAAGCUUGCCUCAUGCGGAAUCCGGACAGAAGGUGGACAGUUGAUGAAGUUUUAAACGGUCCCUUCAUUAGGCCAGUAACUGUGACUCAUUUCUUCAUACGUGAUUUGAUCAAAAACGCUGUAAAAUAUGGUGCAGAUCAAAAGAGAGUUUCUGAUGAAAAGGUCGAAGAACUUGCGGAAGAUGUAUGGCACAGAUUGGCAGAUUUCAAGUUAUAA